AUGGUUUCAGGCAGUUCAUCCACGCUCGCCAGAAGUUCCACAAUUUACACGCUGUCGGAGGCAGUGGAGUUGCACGAGUCCGUUCCUCCGGAUCGCUGGUGCAUCACUCGUGCGGAUUUGAAACACUUGCGUCAGGAGGUGCAAGAAGCAAUCCGGAAAGGCGAGAUUCGGCCACCAGAUGACGGCAAAGACAAUUUCGAGACCUCCGACAAGGUCUUCGGGCCGAGUGUCUACACGGUCAACACGCAACAUAUCAUGCCUGUGACAGACCGUGUGGGCAAGGUGAGCUGGGCAUUGAUGAUGCACCCGGACGGGUUGGAGUGUCACCUCUUCAUCAGCCACGCCUGGCAGGAAGGUAUCUUCGAGUUCAUUUCGAAGCUUCUGCACUCCUGGCCGUCGACCGCGCUGCAUGCGUGGUGCUGCAUGUUGGCCAACCCUCAGAACCUGAACAUCGGGGCCCUUCUGCAAGCUCCAAGCAGCUCACCUUUUGCCUUGGCUUUGCAGGCCUCCUCCUGUGUCCUUGUGUUACCCAACCGGCAUUGUAGCAUCUACACCAGGUUGUGGUGUGUGUACGAAGCCUACCGUGCCCAUGAAGAGGGCAAGACGAUCGUCAUCGGACGCGCAUCGAACAGACGACAGCUCUUCCGAACCAUGGUGGUGACGGCAAUGCUAGGACUCUUGGGUAUGGCCGUGGGUGCCUACAUGAACAGCUUCCAUAUGCCAGAUAUGAACACCGUCCCUGUUUGCCUCGCCUUUGUAUGCGUGUGUGCCAGCAUCAGUCUGAACCAAUACCAGUGCCGCAUGAUCUUGAACAGGUCAGGUGCCUUCAUGUGUGGCUGUCUGGUCGUGCAGUGGCACCCAAUCUGCAACGACAGCGUUGCUCAAGACUACGGAAGCAUUGUUCAGCGCAUUUGCUGGAUCAUUGGUCUGACACUCUUUCUAUUCUUGGAGGUCGAUCGGGAGAAUGGCAGAGCACGAGAGCAGGAAGCAGCACAGCUCGGCUCUGGAUUCCAGGGCAGCGUUAUUCAUGCAACUUGUUCCGUGGCCGAAGAUGCGGCAAGAAUCCAUGAGGAGAUAGGGGAUAAGACUGCUGCCGUGGAUUAUGCGAUCCACGUGCUGCUGGCUGCCGGGAUGUCCUCUGAGACUCUCAGGGAGGUCGCGCGGGCUGGCGUAGACGUUUCUGGAGCAGGCCAUGCUGAGAUAGCUCUUCCAGCCUUUGUAUUCGGGACAAGCCUCGUUGUGGUCACUCGAAUCUUCUUUCUCGUCCGUUACCACCUUCAUCCACCCUGGUACUUCUUGCUGGAGCUAUGUGCAUCGCUUUUUGCAAGGGACGACAAAGAUGACGAGUUUCUUCCUCCUUACGUCGUGGCCGCACGCAUCAACGGCGGCGCCAGCAAGCAUCGCACCAAGGAGGGCGUUUCCAUGGCGAGUGCAGGGCUGAUUCUAGCCCGGUAA